GACUCCUUUCCCUUGAUAGUUUAGUUUUUUAGGAAAAGAGGAGGGGCUUCAUCAGAACAGUUUAUCCAGUGUGCUGUGUCUCACAUGCAGACCUGAACUCUCCUCCUGGAUUAGCUGUUUUAUUUUGGUGAAUCAAGACAGAAAGAACAAUGAGGAGCCAGAAGCUGGGUUUCCUGUCCAGGCUGCUCUGCAAAUGGCCUCCACAGUCGACUCUCAUCGGUAAAUCAGUGCUUCCUGUGCUCCUGCUGGUCAGACUGGUGAUACUGGGAGCUGCAGCACACAUGGCCUGGGGGGAUGAUGACAAGUUUGAGUGUAAUUCUAGAAUGCCAGGCUGUAAAGAGAUCUGUUACGAUCAGCUCACACCUUUGGCUGCUACACGUUUGUGGACACUACAGGUGAAAAACACUUACUUUUUUAGUUGUUCUGAAAAUUUGAUUUAAAUGUAACAUUUUCUUAUAAAAAAUGACUAACUAUUAUAUUAUUUAACAAUUCUAACAAUAAUAUCAUUGGUUCUUUUAGCUGCUUCUAGUUUUGUCUCUGGGUCUAGUGUUCCUCUGCUACUUGCUCCACUUGCUCAACCAGAAGAAUCAGGUCAGACGACACUGGCUUCUGGGUGCGUGUGAACUACAGCUGUUCAAGGUUUCCAUGUUCCCACCACGUCGACUGUUUCGUUCCUCGUGCGGGACAAAAGACCAGUUUCCUCUUCAUCAUGUUCAUCACAUCCUGUGUUUCUCUGCUGCUGAGCGCCGUGGAGCUGAUAUGUGUGAUGGUGAGGAACAGGCAGCAGCACGGAGCAGACGUCGUUCAGUCGGGGUCAGAGGUCACAGAGGAUCCAAGCUUCCUGGAGCAUCUGCUGAGCCUGUGGCACUGUCACUCCAGCCUCUUAGGUAAAACAAGCCUCCCAGUGUUGCAGCUGAUCCGUGUGGUUAUGGUGGGAGCAGCGGUGCAGCCGGUCUGGGACAAAGAGUUCACAGGAUUUGUUUGUGACACUCAACAACCAGGCUGCACUCACGCUGCAUUCAGUCACAUCUUCUCUUUGUCUUUGCAUCAGUACUGGACUCUGCAGGUGGUUCUGGUUGUGGCUCCUGGUCUGAUUUUCCUUUGCUACUUGGUUCAUGUCAUCAUGCAGAAUAAAAAGUGCGACCAAGGAGCUCAGGUUAAAGGUCACGUCCUCAGGGCUUAUCUGGGUCUCCUGUCAGCAGGUGUUCUGCUGGAGGAGAGUCUGGACUCAGCAAGAUGUUCAAAAGUCCAAUACUAAACAUUACUGUGACACAUCUAGGGCUGAUUUGGACAUUAUCAACAGUUUUAGGAGAGUUUUGUAAACUUUGUGUGUCUGUGGUCAUGACAGAUGUGCUGUUCACCUGCUGCUUUUCUCUGUCCUCAGGUGGGAUUUGCUCUGUUUCAGGCUGUAACCUUCGGCUUCUACCUGUCCAACACCUAUAAAUGUGGCAUGAAUCCGUGUCCGGGUCAAUUCGAUUGUUACAUGUCCCAGACAACAGAGAAGUCGUGGUUCAUAGUCAUCAUGUUCACUGUGACGUGUCUGUCAGGCCUGUUUACGCUGAUAGAGCUGUGUGUGGUGCUGAUCAGAGCGAGACCCUGGAACAAACAGCAGAACAACAAGAUCUCAGAGACGUCAGGAUUUCAGAUGGACCUCAAAGAAGAAGGAGCCACUGCAGAGAGCAAUGAAAGCUGCUCUAAACUCAACAUCUGAACUGGGAGGAAGAGAAGGUUAUUGUGAGGAUGAACUCUCACAAACCUGCGUGACUCCUUGACACUUGUAAUUUUGUACCUGUAUGAGAUUAUUUUGAUUUUUUUUGUGAUAUGCAAUGUUUUUUGACACAAUAACAAAAUGUACAUUGUCUACAUAUGUGUUGUGGAAAUUUCCCAUAAAGAGGCAGAUGAGA